AUGUUUAUGCUGCGGAAUGUUGGCAAGCUGAUCUUCGGCUCCGGCACCCAAGAAGCACUGGUCGAGCUGCCUCAGGGUCAGCUUUAUCUUGUUCGGCCACUCUCGCCCAAGGGCUACUCGGAACUUAUUUUCAAGGACGCGGCCAUUCGCAUUCGCCGAACCAACCAAGAUUUCCACUACCAGCUUGUCGUCCAGCGCGUCUUUGAGGAUGGCGAGGCCGAACUUAUUGCCGACGAAGAAGGCGAAGACGCCGAGAUUGACGUUCUUGCUGCCGAACGUGACGAGAAGACGUUCCUGCUAGACGAGGCUCUCCGGUUCCGAGUCGAAAGCAGAGAGGGCGGUGAGACUGUCUUUGCUUGGAAAGACUUGAGCGGAGACAACGGCGACCUCUACGAAUUUGUCUGCGACAGCCAAGUGUCCACCCGGCAGGUCGAGCAGUUUGUUCAAGUUGCCAAGCAGUGUCAAUACGAACGCAAGUACCGCAAGCCGCACACCACCGCCUCCGACGAGGACUACCGCCACUUCGAGUUCCACGACGAGAACCCCAUUCCACCUGCCAGCCCGCUUCAUAGCCCCGUGCUCACCAGAUCCAUUGAUUCUGUCGACGGCAUGUACGCCAAGAAUACUGCUGCCAACACGGGCGCCAGGAGGGCUCCCCUAGCUGCUGCCCAGCCCGAUCCCGAUCCCGAUCCCGAUCACGAGCCGGAGCCAGAGACGACGGGGUUGGAGCCGGGAACCAAGGCCGGCAGACCGUCAAGCGCACCCGAGCCUGAUUCUGCGCCGGAACCUCUUGAGAUAUACGCAUCGCUGCCCGCCGAGCUGCACCUCUUCGAUCCACAGCCGGGCCACUUUGAACUCAUCGACGACUCUGUGAUUGCGACGGUUUCGGAGGUUGGCCAAUGGCAAUAUUGGCUCCAGAUUGAGAGCAAGGGAAGGUCCUGGGUCGGUGCCUCGGUCGUGCCCGAGUUCAACCCCGUGUUUGAUUUUGAGUUUCUUUCCUUCGUCUUCAACCAUUUCAGCAGCGAUGGCACCGCCAGGUCAUGGCUUCUCCGGCUCAGGGACCAGCCUACUCUGGAAAGGUUCCAAGAGGCAAUCAUGCAAGCCAUCUGGGAAAGGCUCAAUGAAACAAAAUGGGCCAAGGCGCAAGAAAAGGAGCGUGAAUAUGUGCUCGACGCUUUUGCCGAUCUAAACAUGGAGGAUGCGCCACCGCUGGAAGAAGCCGGAGAGGAGGAAGAGGAAGAACAGGAGCAUCAAGAGGAGGAAGAUACAGGCAUCCGAAGCGACGAUUACGAAUCUGAGGAGGACGAGGAGGCGGCCGAGGAGAGAGCCAGCGGUGACAUCAACUCACAACUGGCCGUCGGUCACAAGCAUGACCGCUCAUUUGUCGUUCGCGGUUCCAAGAUUGGCGUAUUUUCUCAUACGGCCGACAACCGCCUCAAGUUCAAUACCAACAUUUCCAAAGUCACCACUCCAAGCGGCAAGCUCAUGAGCCCCAAGAAGGUCAUGUUGCACAGCGAAGAUCGGGAUCUCAUCAUACAAAAUGGCGUCGAUCCCAACAAAUUGUACCGGAUGGAUAUCGAAUACGGCAAGGUCGUUGAUGAGUGGAAAGUCCACGAUGAUAUUCCCGUCGUCACAUUUGCCCCAGAGAACAAGUUCGCCCAGAUGACUUCGGAGCAGACCUUUCUCGGUGUUUCCAACAAUGCUCUGUACCGUGUCGACCCUCGUCUGUCUGGCAACAAGCUGGUGGACACUGAUAUGAAGCAAUAUGCUUCCAAGAACGACUUCUCAGCUUUGGCUACCACUGAAAAGGGUUACAUUGCCGUGGCAAGCAACAAGGGUGACAUUCGCCUCUUUGACCGCCUGGGAAUCCGCGCCAAGACACAGCUCCCUGCGCUCGGCGACCCCAUCAUCGGCAUGGAUGUUUCCGCCGAUGGCCGAUGGAUCCUAGGAACAACCAAAAACUACAUUUUACUGGUUGAUGCUCAACAGAAGGGUGGCAAGAAUGAUGGGAAGCUUGGCUUCGAGAAGGGUUUUGCAGCCGACUCCAAGCCCCGACCCCGCCGUCUUGCACUGACGCCAGAGCACGUUGCGCAGGUCUACCACGAAACAGGAAAGCCUGUGUCGUUUACGCCGGCCAAGUUCAACGCUGGCGAGGGCGCUGAAGAGAAGAGCAUCAUCACUGCUACAGGACCCUAUAUCGUCGAGUGGGAUCUCAAGAAGAUCCUCCGCGGCGUCAAGUCUCCUUACAAGAUCAAGCGCUACCAGGACGAAGUCAAGGCGGACGACUUCAAGUUUGGAUCCGACAAGAAUGUCAUUGUAGCGCUGCCGAACGAGGUCAACAUGGUGGCUAAGCAGAGUCUACGCAAGCCCACACGGGAGAGUAUCAUGGGCGACUUGCGGUUGAGCGGUGGUCGGCGGAGCUCAGGACGGAUCGGCAAUAGUCAAAGCGGGAGGUACAAGUUGGGAAGAGACGACAUUGUUAAUUCGCCUUAUUAG